AUGCCGCCUGAGAGUUCUUUAAACGCUGAAAUGUCGAAAAAGAUAUCAUUUUUUGGUUUGAAAGGAUUGAAAUUGUGGGUAUGGGUUUGUUUGGUAGUUGGAGUAUUCAUAGUUAUGAUUCUCUGCAUCUUGUCUCUAUGGAUUACAUUCCGCCGGAAAUCGAGAAGAUCUUCAAGCAAGUUUCCAUUCAACCAAAUACCAAAUGUGUUGAAAGAUAUCAGAGUCGACAGGGGCAGGUUUCAGAAUCAAAAUCCUCACCCUGAAAGUUUAUAUAUAGCAAUGAAUAAUGCUAAAUCCACUGAUAGAGUUUCUGGAAAAACGAUGAUGUCUCAUUUGGGAAGAACCAAGUAUAGUGAUAAUGAUACUUUGAGUCAAUGUAGCUCUGUGAAUCACCAUGAGAGAGCUUGUAGUUCUCAUUCUGGUGACGAAGGUGGCUUUGCAAGUACUGGGAGACAGUAUGGGGGACUUGUAACAGCAUCUCCUUUGGUUGGUUUACCAGAAAUAUCUCAUCUUGGUUGGGGACAUUGGUUUACUCUUAGGGAUCUUCAGCUAGCUACCAAUCGAUUUGCUGCGGAAAAUGUGCUUGGAGAGGGUGGCUAUGGAGUAGUUUAUAGAGGUAAACUUGUUAAUGGUACCGAGGUUGCUGUGAAGAAGCUUCUGAAUAAUCUAGGGCAAGCUGAGAAGGAAUUUCGGGUAGAAGUUGAGGCUAUUGGUCAUGUACGACACAAGAAUCUUGUUAGGCUUUUAGGAUAUUGCAUAGAGGGAGUUCAUCGGAUGCUUGUUUAUGAGUAUGUGAAUAGUGGUAACUUAGAACAAUGGCUACAUGGAGCUAUGAGGCAACAUGGCACUCUCACUUGGGGGGCACGAAUGAAGAUCAUUAUUGGUACCGCACAAGCGCUUGCUUAUUUACAUGAAGCAAUAGAACCAAAAGUGGUCCAUAGAGAUAUAAAAGCAAGCAAUAUAUUGAUUGAUGAUGAGUUUAAUGCAAAACUCUCUGACUUUGGGUUAGCUAAGCUCUUGGACUCUGGUGAGAGUCACAUCACAACCAGAGUUAUGGGAACCUUUGGAUACGUAGCACCGGAAUAUGCUAAUACAGGUCUGUUAAACGAGAAGAGCGAUAUAUAUAGCUUUGGUGUUUUGCUUCUUGAAGCUGUAACUGGACGAGAUCCGGUUGAUUAUGGACGUCCUGCUAAUGAGGUGAAUCUUGUUGAAUGGCUAAAGAUGAUGGUUGGAACAAGAAGAGCUGAAGAAGUUGUUGAUCCAAGACUUGAACCUAGACCGAGUAAAACUGCUCUGAAACGUGCACUAUUGGUUUCACUUAGAUGUGUCGAUCCUGAAGCAGAGAAACGUCCACGAAUGAGCCAGGUUGUGCGAAUGCUUGAAUCCGAUGAGCACCCUUUUCGCGAGGAGAGGAAGAAAAGAAGGAGCAAAUCCGCGAGUAUGGAGAUCGUUGAAACAAAAGACGAGUCUCCUGGUCCUAGCGGUGCAGAGACUGGCAUUACAAAGCCUGAGUAG